CGCUCCCUCAAAGAGAUUCCUAAACGCAUUGUCCAGCCAGGUCAUCUGGUUUUGAUCUAGAAUAGAUUCGGAUACUUUAGGGGCGCCACCCACGGAUGAUACCCAUGAACCCAACCGGUGAGAGAGGUCCCUUCGAGACAUGGGACAUGAACUAGUGGUCGUAAUCCUACAGUAUGUUAUGCAAAGAAUAGUCCUUCCUAAUCAAGCCACUUAAAGUGAAGGUCCUCACUGAGUACCUGCCUUGAAUUGGUAUCGCUCCUGAAGCUCGUGUGUUUACUUGCAGACCCACUGCCCCCUGUCCGCCUAAACAAACCCACCCACUAGAGGCUCCUUUCCAUCUUGUCUUCCAUGGCGGGUAUCGACCGCGACAGAAUAUCUAUCCUGUCUAGGCGUUCGAUCGCAAGCGCCGCUUCGAGGCUAUCCACUCUUUGGUCAAAGAUCCCUCUCUCUUCUAGAAAAUUAUCAUCACCACUCGCUGACAUAUGUUCCUACAUCGAGACUACUCCCGAUGCUCAGUCGUCUCCAAUCAAUGAACUGGUCAUUUACAAAGAAGAGAAGGGUGUUCAGCACGAGUUCUUACUUGUGCGACUGGCGAAACCUGCUGGAGAAGAAUUCUGGGUGCGCCUCGAGAGAAAACGGCCAGUGGGCGCCCUCAGGAACUUGAUAUCCAGCGCAUUGAAAGCAAACGACAUAGUGAGUUUCUCCGGGAAAAGAGCCACUCUAAUGGGUAGCACGAAAAGUGUCGAGAAGACGAGGAUCAUUUUUCGCACCGCGCCUUCGCUAAGGGACUUGUUCCGUGUCCUCGAAGCACUUAGGGAGUCAUCGAAAUUCUAUGAACUGUGGCCAGAAAAUUGUUACUUUUUUGCAUCUGUAGUCGCCGAGCACCUGUACGGUCUCGAUGAAAGUGCCGAACUUGUCGGGGCUUUGAGAUGGCUUGAUCUUGGAGCUGAGGCCCGCCGGAGAAUUCACCAAAUAAUUGCUUCAUAUGACCAUCAUCCUGCCCAGGCCCACGGUGAUGAGUCAGGGGGCGUAUCACGGCCUGGGUCCCCGGCAUUCCAAUCCUUCAUCGAUGCGUUUGAAGCUGAGAAUAUGAGCGCCUCGAUUCUCGCUAAACUCCCUUAUCCCGUUACCACCCACCGCGAUUCAACGGAGUCAUGCCUUCCCGGCACCAGAACAGGCCUCAUCAAGCACAUCAUGGCCUGGUGUCGAAACAUUCAGGCUAGCGAGAAACGUGUCAUGCUGCUGACUGCUGUUGCUGGUGCCGGGAAGACAUCUAUAGCAAGCUCAAUCGCAGAGGAGUGUACAAAAGAAGGGAUAUUAUUGUUGAGCCUUUUCUUCAGGGCAGGCGAGCAGUCACGGCCAGAUCAUCUGUUCAGUGGCAUGGCUCGCUCUCUAGCAACACGCGACCCCGUGUAUCAUACCUUCGUCGUAUCCACUCUUCAGGCCGAUCCCACUCUCAUAAAUGCCCCAUUCACGAGGCAAUUCGAGAAACUGGUGGCUGAACCUCUGCGAAUGAAAGUACCGUCUUCCGAUCGCCCCAUGGUAGUUAUCAUUGAUGCGUUGGACGAAUGCGACAGGCACGCGUUCCCGCGUCUUGUCGACGUAUUUUGGAAAGAAGUGCCGAAAUUGCCCUCCAACAUCAAAUUUUUUGUCACUUCUAGGCUGUUCGACCUUGUCGAUCGUCUUCUCUCCCCUGAAUCCCCUAUCGACCGCCUCGGCAUUAGUCUUUCAGAUGAUGCUAACGUGCAUGAUUGUGCUAUUUACAUCCGUUCACAACUUCAUGAACUGAAAGAUGCACAUCCUGGUUUGAAACACAACCUCAAGGAGGACGAUGAAUUGGUCCAAGCCAUAUUGGAACGAGCAGGUGGCUUGUUCAUUUGGAUCAGUACCGUGUUCCGCUACGUGAAGACCACUGGUACCUCUCUGGAGAUUCUGGGGGAACUGCUCAAUGCUAGCUCGAACCGGCCGAUGACCUCCGCCGAAGAAAUUAUGGACAACCUGUAUUCGAACAUUUUGGAGAAAUGCAAUUGGAAGGACGAGGACUUUGUGCAUGACUAUCAGAUCACGAUGGGGGCAAUCCUAAUCGCGCAACGGCCACUGUCUGUUGAGGCCUGGGAUGCUAUUCUGUCGCCCCUCCUAAAGUCCUCCGUCGUCAAAGAUACAUUAGCUGAGCUCGCUCCCUUUGUCUCAGGAAUCGGGGAUCCUCGAAUCCCUGUUCGUUUCCUGCACCAGUCUUUCCCUGACUUCCUCAUGUACCGAUCGAGUUCACAAUCGCCCGGACUUCCCCGGUUUACAGUGGAUGCCAAGAAGGAGAAUGAGAGGGUAGCCUUGCGCUUCGUGGAAAUCCUGAACAAUGGUCUUUCCUCCAUGAGAGGCUUAGGGCUGGCUAAGAAUUUGUCCAAACGCGCUCCUAUUCCUCAAGAAACCUUGUCUGAACAAUUCCGAUAUGCAUGUAGGCAUAUUGCGUAUCACCUCCAUCAAAUCCAGGAGCCACCGGAGGGACUCAGGAAGUCCGUUCGCACAUUCCUCAAUCAGCGAGUAGUGCAAUGGGUAGAAGUGUGCGUGAGAACGGGAGAGUACAUCAGUAUAUCAUCAUUCCCUGAGUGGGCUAGGUUGAAGGCUGAUCCCAGUUCAGUAAAAGUCAUUCGCAUCUUGGCUAAAGCGCUCGGAAAGGUGUGGGUAAAUCUGGGGUUUCCUUUGAGAAUCCAUGAGGCGUAUGAGCUGGCAAAUGAUUCCGUUGCACUCUGUCGUUGCCUUGCAUCUUUGGACUUCGGAUUCCACGCCCCGAUUCUGGUUCGAUCGCUCUGGAAACGUUCUAUCGCCCCAAUUCUAGCUCGAUCGCUCUGGAAACUUUCUAUAUCACUUAAGAAUCUCGAGAUGUAUUCCGAGGCGCUCCCGGUGAUCAAAGAAAGUGUCGAACUCUGGCGCGAGCUAUAUUCCGACGCACUCCCAGUCAUCGAGGAAAGUGUUAAACUCUGGCGUGAACUAGUUGCCGUUCGCCUGACACCAUCCACAUCGGGUUUGGCCGAAUCGCUCCUGAUUCUUAAUGAGUCACUUCAGAAUCUCGGACGCCAUUCCGAGGCGCUCCCAGCUAUAGAAGAAUGUGUCAAAAUCUGGCGCGAGCUAGUUGCAGUUCACCCGACAUCAUACACCCCUUCCUUGGCUAGAUCGCUCCACUGUCUCUACUGGACACUCAGAAGUCUCCGACGGCAUUCCGAGACUCUCCCGGUGAUUAAAGAAACUGUUAAACUGUGGCGCAAGUUAGCUACCCUUCAUCCGACACCACACGCCACCAGAUAUUUAGCUUAUUCGCUCAACAAUCUCAGUUGGUCAUUCAGAAGGCUUGGUCAUCGGUCUGAGGCCGUGCCCUUCAUUGAAGAAUCCAUUUCUCUUUACCGUUCAAUUCUUGUUACUCAUCCAAGGUUAUAUGCCACGGCGUUGCGCACUCUAUCAUCCGUGUUGUCAUCCGUCGGGCGCUACUCGGAUGCGCUUGCCGCUGGUGAAGAGUCAUUAUCCAACUAUCACCAGCUCCAUUCUGAGUACCCAGGCGCCUAUGAACAUGGUCUCCGAAAAGCAUAUUCCUGUAUCGCUGUUGCGUUGGAGGGCCUUGGAAGACAUGAUGAUGCAAUGGCCGCACGGACUCUAAUGGGGAAUCCCUGA